CAGAUACGAGAACUUGAUCCAUUAAAGUGUCUUUAGAAAAAUAAUUUUCUUAGUUCCGUUUGAGUGCACUCACUUUGUCAUUGUCAUAUUGUGUCAAAUAAGUAAAACAAACAAUAUGGCGAUCUAGCGAGCAUGAUAAAUUAUUUAAAAUGUUAUUUCUACGACUAAACACCUGUCGUGAACCUUUUUUAAACCAUGGCCACUGCCAAGCUACCAAAAGCACUCUUCGGCUUGUUAUUUACUAAGGUUUCCUGCUUCGCAUUUAGUGGAAAAGACAAUGGCUUUGGCACCAGUUAUGUUUGGGCAGGCUCCCUUGAGUCUGGAUUACAAAUAGCCUCACAACACCAGAAACCCGUGAUGGUGAUCAUACACAAAUCGUGGUGUACAGCGUGUAAAAAUUUGAAACCAAAGUUUGCGGACUCUGCAGAAAUACAGUCACUAAGUAAACAUUUUGUUAUGGUGAAUUUAAUUGAUAAUGAAGAGCCCAAAAACAACACUUUCGCGCCGGAUGGGAACUAUAUACCGCGAAUAAUAUUCAUGUCACCAAAGGGCCAAGUAGACCAUGACAUCUACAAUGUGGACGGGAGCAGUCAACACAAAUACUUCUACAGUCGGCCGGAACAAAUUGCGAAGUCAAUGAAAAGGGUUAUCGAGAAAUAUAAAGUUCAAUAAUUGACGUAAAUUUAAGAAACUAGGAAAGCAUUCAAGAAGAUAAUAACUGAAGAACAAUGAGUAUGACUAUAGAAC